AUGUCAUCCUCACCUCUUUUACAUCUUCCCCAUUCAACUACUAGUGAUGGUGGACACGCAUUUACUUGCCCCAACUGCGCAGAUAUGUUUGCAAGCAGUGACAGUCUCAUGUGCAAUCUAUCAACUACUGUCACCUGCGGUCAGUGGGUUGUUCAAGGUCUUACCUCGGACUUCAAUUAUGACGACCUAGAACACGAGCAAGAUGUUUAUGGCAAGUACAAAGAUGUUGAUACCUUAGAUGAUGCAGAAGAGGACGAUGUAUCACUCAACAACCCAUCCCUGUCGUCUCUACCACAGCCUGAGCAACAUCAUCCUAGUACAUCAAGUCAGACUACGACACCCCCCAUUGUGUCUGUCGAUCCCUCUGCAGGCCCAUGUCCCGGAACAUUGAGGGAUUACCACCCCAAUGUGCCAAUCACCCACCCUGGAGGGGAGAAUCAUCUUCAGAAAAUGGACCGUGACAUACAUGCCGCUAUCCAUCACAUGGAAAACCUUUACUAUCCCUUUGCGUCGAAAGCCAAAUUUGACUUGGGAUACUGGCUUUUGGAGGGGGCGUUAUCCCAAAAAGAAGUCGAUUUUUUUCUCCACCUCGAGCACAUAAGUUGCCUGACGACAUUUCAUACAGCAUCAGUAUUUUGA